AUGCCACCAACCGCCUUGGAGUGUGCUCGCCUCGACGACUCGUUCGGUCCCCAUGCCGGCGAGUGUCGGGGCGGCUUCGACUUCACUCUGCUCUUUGAGGAGACAGUUCUAACACUCCUUCCGGUGGGCCUUUUGCUACUCGUGCUUCCCGCUCGAAUUUGGCAUCUCUGGAAGCGAGAGAAGAAAGUGGUAGCCGGGAAUCACUUCGCAGCAAUCAAGAUUGUUGCUUGGCUAGUCCUCGGUGUACUGCAGCUCACUGAGCUGAUUCUCUGGGCGACCCCCUCAGCUGUCCGGACACGGCCGACUCUACCUGGCGCAGCACUCAGUCUAGUCUCGGUUCUCGGCCUCUGCUUCCUCUCAUACGUCGAGCAUACCCGUGCGGUUCGGCCCUCGACGCUUCUCAACGGGUACCUGCUUGCCACGCUCCUGUUUGAUACUGCCCACGCGCGAACCUUGUGGCUCCGUGCAGCAGACCAUCUUAAUCAUGUCGUUGCAUACAUAUGCACUACUGCCGUUGUGGUCAAGCUGAUUGUGCUUGCGCUGGAGGUCCUCGACAAGCGUCGCUUGCUCCGUCCCGAGUACAGGGCUCAGCCGCCUGAGGCAACUAGCAGCAUCUACAACCGGUCUUUCUUCUGGUGGCUCAACCCGCUGUUCCGGCAGGGAUACAGCCAUGAACUGGAAGUCGGUGACUUGUUCGUGCUCGACAAGCAUCUUCAGGCAUCGUACUGUUACAAGCGCUUCGCUGCAGCAUGGAGUUCAGUCACCAAGAAGUCACCCUACUCUCUGCUGGGGGAAUCCUACGCCGUCCUCGCAUGGCCCAUUCUCCAGACUAUUCCGCCACGCGCCUGUCUCAUUGCCCUCUCCUUCUGCCAGCCAUUCCUGAUCAACCAUGCCAUCACUCUGUCCCAGCAGGCCAUCACGGAUGAGACGACACAGAAGGGCUACGGCCUCAUUGGCGCCUAUUUCUUGGUUUAUGUCGGCAUUGCGGUCUCCAUGGGCCAGUACCAGCAUCGCACCUACCGCACCAUCGCCAUGGUCCGCGCGGGCCUCGUCUCCAUGGUCUAUCGCAAGACAGGCACCCUGAGCAUCAGGGACAUGGACCCGGCCACGUCGAUGACGCUCAUGAGCGCUGACAUGGAGCGCAUCGUUCAGGGCUGGCAAACCAUGCACGAGAUCUGGGGCAACUCGGUCGAAGUCGGCGUCGCCAUCUACCUGCUCGAGCGGCAGCUGGGCGUGGCUUGUGUGGUGCCCGUUGCCGUGUCGAUUUUAUCCUUGCUCGGCUCCAUCUUCGCCAUGAACUUCAUCAUGUCCCGCCAGGCCAUGUGGCUUGAGGCCAUCGAGAAACGUAUCUCGGCCACGUCGGCAAUGCUCGCCUCUAUGAAGGGCGUUAAGAUGUGUGGGCUGAAGGAUAUACUCCUUGAAAACCUCCAGAAGCUUCGGGUUGAUGAGCUGCGUAUCUCAAAGCGGUUUCGACGGUUGAUCAUCUGGAAUAUGGUCUUCGCCUACGUAACUCAAGUCUUCGCGCCCGUCCUGACCUUCACCGUCUUCUCCCUCCGUGCCCGCGACAGCGGAGACAAGACCCUGGACACGGCACGCGUCUUCACCGCUCUCUCCCUGUUUGCCCUGCUCUCGGAGCCGCUCGCCUCCCUGGUCAUGGCCCUGGCCGCCUAUCUGGGCGCCGUUGGCAGCUUCGUCCGCAUCCAGCAAUUCCUCGACUCGGAGGAGCGCACGGGCUUGCCGAAGCCGAAGCCAGAGGAACAAGGCGAGAAACCCAAGAUCGACAACGCGUCAGCUUACGCCCUCACCGUUCAGGAUGCCGAUUUUGGAUGGGACCCCGCUAAAGAGCCCUUGUUGAAGGGCAUCAGUCUCUCUAUUCCCUGGCACAAGCUCACUAUGGUCGUCGGCCCCGUCGGCUGCGGCAAAUCAACCCUGAUGCAGGCUCUUCUCGGCGAGGUCCCGCCACUGAAAGGCUCCGUGAGCUUGGGGUCGACAAGCAUUGCCUACUGCGCCCAGGACCCCUGGCACAUGAACGGCACCAUCAGGGAGGCUGUCGUUGGCUGCGGAGAGUAUGACGAGAAGUGGUAUGCCCGUGUUGUGCAUGCUUGCGCUCUCAAACGAGAUUUCCGAGAACUGCCUCUGGGUGAUGCCACGCGGAUCGGCAGCGGCGGUGUCGCAUUGAGCGGUGGGCAGAGUCAACGCAUUGCUUUGGCGCGUGCUAUAUAUGCUCGCAGAAAGAUUAUUAUCCUGGACGACGUCUUGAGCGGUCUAGAUAAUACCACAGAGCAGCACGUCUUCCAUGACCUUCUCGGCAAGAAUGGGAUCCUUCGCGAGACCAAAGCCACUGUGCUAGUUGUAUCUUCAUCUGUCAAGCGUCUCCCCUAUUCAGAUCACAUUAUAUGUCUCAGCCCGAACGGCGAGGUCAACUGCCAAGGCACAUUCGCGGCCCUCAAUGACGCCGGGAGCUACGUGUCCUCGUUCAACUUGCCACGCGCUGACUGGUCGUACACCCCUGAGGAUCCUGACGAAGAAACACCACGGCUUCAGCUUGACAAGGACGAAGCGGGCCUGGCAACUCCGCAGGCCAAUGAGGUCGACUCUCGCGGCUCGCUUACGUCGAGCGAGACUGCUUGCCCAGCCGACGGAGAAGACAGGACCAGCCGACGGACGGGCGACGUGCAGAUCUACCUCUACUACAUCAAGUCGGUUGGCUUGUGGGCAAGCCUAAUCUUUGUGUUGGCGAUUGUCGGCUUUGUCUUCUGCAUGUCGUUCCCGACCAUCUGGGUGCAGUGGUGGGCUGCCUACAACGAAUCCAACCCUAACGGCAGGCUGGGAUACUGGCUUGGAAUUUACGCCAUGCUUGGUGGCGUCGCCAUCGUGUGUCUGUUCGUCAGCUGCUGGCAAAUGAUUAUCACCAUGGUACCGCUAUCUGGCGAGAAGUUCCACUUCGCCCUGCUCAACACAGUCCUCAGCGCGCCUCUGUCCUUCUUCGUCAACACAGAUUCCGGCGUGACCCUGAACCGCUUCAGCCAGGACCUUCAGCUGAUCGAUAUGGAGCUGCCCACUGCGGCCCUCAAUACCUUUGCCACGUUUGUCCUGUGCCUUGCACAAAUGGCGCUCAUCGGCUACGGUUCUGUCUACGCGGCCAUCUCGUUCCCCAUUGUGCUUUUUACUUUGUUUCUUAUCCAAAAGGUAUACCUGCGCACCUCGCGGCAGCUCCGCCUGAUGGACAUCGAAACCAAGGCACCGCUCUACUCGCUCUUUGAGGAAUCGCUCAGCGGGCUAGCCACGAUCCGCGCCUUUGGGUGGCAGGACGCCCUGAACGACAAGAAUUUUCAGCUCUUGGACCGCUCGCAGCGGCCGUUCUAUCUCUUGUUUGCCGUCCAGCGCUGGCUGACGCUCGUCCUGGAUCUCGUCGUCGCCGCUGUUGCUGUGCUGCUCAUGGUCCUGGUUGUGCAGCUUCGCGGCACCAUGGCGGCCGGCGGGGUCGGUCUCGCGCUUCUCAAUGUGAUCCAGUUUAGCCAGAACAUCAAGCUGCUGGUUACCUUCUGGACGAUGCUUGAGACGCAUAUCGGCUCAGUGGCUCGUAUCAGGAGCUUCACUGAGAAUGCUGUGUCGGAGGAUCAGCCGGAGGAGAAGGAGACGCCGCCUCCGGGAUGGCCGUCAACGGGCGCGAUUGAGUUUGAGAAUCUGUCUGCUGCCUACAAUCGUGAUGAGCUCGUUCUCAAGCAGGUCUCCCUUUCCAUCAAAGCCGGUGAAAAAAUUGGCGUUUGCGGAAGGACCGGCAGUGGCAAGACUUCUCUCAUCAUGAGCCUCUUCCGCCUUGUAGACAUGCAAGGCGGGUCUAUCCGGGUGGAUGGCGUGGACAUUGCCACCCUCCCAAGGCAAGAUGUCCGCAGCAAGAUCGUCGCUGUGCCGCAGCACCCCUUCCUCCUCAAGGGUUCAGUCCGUCUCAACGCGGAUCCGAUCGGAGCCGCCUCGGACGAAGAGAUCAAGGAGGCACUGAAGUGCGUGCAGGUGAUGGAGACCGUCGAGAAGAACGGUGGGCUGGACGCCGAUAUCGACGCUCUGAACCUGUCAGUCGGACAGAAGCAGUUGUUCUGUCUCGCUCGUGCCAUGCUCCGCCCCAGCACCAUUCUCAUUCUUGAUGAAGCCACCAGCAGCAUCGACGCAAAGACCGAAGAUGUGAUGCAGCGCCUCAUCCGCAGGAAAUUUGCCAGCCACACCAUCAUCGCCGUGGCCCACAGGAUUGACACAAUCAUGGACUUUGAUAAGGUCGCUGUCCUGGACGCUGGAAGGCUUGUCGAGUUUGACAGUCCCUACAACCUCCUCGACGUGCCCGAGUCGGCUUUUGCGAAGCUGUACAAUGCAGCGCAGGCCGAGGAGGAUGAAGAGUUGGUCGAAAGGAAUUUGUCCUGAUUGGGUUUAGUGUUACCCGAGCAUGAGAACGAAUGAUGGUUGGUGAUAACAAGGAGCUUGGGAUUAGCGACGCGUCAAAUGCAGAAUAGUACUUCGUG